GAUAGAGAGAGGCUGAGGAGGGUUACACCUCUGCACUGUUUCCUCUCUCAUCUGUUCUUCUCAAUCUCCUUGGUGUCGCCUGCUCUCCUGCCGUCCGUCUGUCUUCUUCCUCUACUGGUCCAUUGUUACUGUGAUGGAUCUCAGGACUGUUGUGACCUUCUCAACUCUUUUAUUCGUUGUUGCUGACCAAACAUCAAAUGUUGGGAAAAACACUUCACACCCGUCUCCCUUAACCACUCAGACCGACAGCACCAGCAGGAACUAUUCCGGCCCCAUUACUCGACCAUCCACUGCCAGCCCCACCUCCAACACGAUCAGCCCUCCACCUGCCCCGGCUCUCCUCACGAUCGAAAAAUGUGAAGGAGCAGAUACCCUGAUCCUCCAUCACUCCUCCAGCUCCACCUCGGCCGUUUGUCAAGGCAGUGCAAAGAGCAUUGAGAGUCUUCGGGGUAUUGUGUGUGGAAGCCAGGCAGGCUGUAAAGACAAACGUCAUUCUGACAUCACAAAAGAAGGAGCAGUGAAGAGGACCAGCUGUGAGACACUGAAGGUCCAGAGCACAGUUGAUGAGGACCUCCAAAAUGUACAGGGGCAACUGCAUGCCUACAAAGUGGUGACAGCGUUACUGUGCUGUGUGCUUCUGGUCCUGCUACUGAUCCGCUUCACUAGGCCCACAGUCAAAGUCCUGCAGAAGAGACUAUCAGACAGGAGACAGAAUCGCUGGAUCGGACCAACACAGAGUCACAGUGUGUCUUAUCAUCGAGGAAAAACUGCAGUAAGAACCAAUGACGCAGAGAACAGGCUGUCCUACCCGGCUCUGGAGCGGCUGGCGGUGUUUGACAGCGGAGAGCCGUCAUCCAACAGGAACAGCGAUUAUAACUUCUGACGUGUAUCCUCUUCUUGUAUCAUCAUCUUCAUCAUCAUCAUCAUCAUCAUCCAUACGUGGACUAAAAAUGCAUCAUCACAUUAGACAUUUUUUGGAACUGUUUGUUAUUGAAAUGUACUUUUCAAGAUCAAGUAACGUUUUUUACGGAACUAUAAUCAGUUUUCUACUACAAAUCAUCAGGAUGUACCACCAUGUAUUGUGUCUAAACUGCAUUUACAUUCCAUUUUUAAUAAAU